AGGUCAGGUUCACGAGUCUGAAAAUUUAGUUUAGGCUUGAUUCUCCAGCCAUCAUGUUCAUCAAGGUGGCGUUGUUUUUGCCUGGUUUACUGUGUAUCCAGGGACACCCUGAGGAGGAUAUGUUGUCUGCUCCCCUUAUCCUAGACACAGAGAUGCAACAAGGGGAUGGAAUUCAAGAAUCCAGAGAUUCAAGGGAUGCAGCUGUACCCGGUGUUAUAAUAAACAAAGGUUUACAUGAUCUUCCCUCUCCAAACCUUUCUCCUGUUUACACUCCAACCUUCAGUUCUUCUCCUGUUUCCGAACUUGACCCUCAUCCUGCUGUCCCCACUCCUGUUCAUCCGAUCGAACCAGUUCAUCUUGUUGAUCCUGUUCAUUCUAAUCCUAUCUACUCUCCACCCAAACCCGUUCAUGUUCCUACCAAGGCAAAGUGUAGGAUAGAAGAGGUUGAGGUUGUAGGAGAAAUAUGUACUCCAACUGUCCGGAAGGAUUGUACAACCUUGAAUUUAAAAACCAAAGGAUUGGAGAUGAAGGAGGAUUGUUUCAAGAUUGUUAAAACUGUUUGUACCGAGAACCCAGAGGAGGAGGAUAACGAGGUUUGCUUCUAUCAGUAUACUACACAGGAGGAACAAACUGAAGCUCAAACCGUCAAGGUUGAAUAUGAUAUCAGGUGUGAAGAGAGUACAAUACAACCGUACUGUCCACCUCAACCAGGAUACGGUGUUAACUACAGCUGUAAACAUCAAACUGCUAAAACUUGCUAUCAGGAGCCCAGUACAUCAGAUACACGUGUUCCUGUCACAGUAGCGUAUCCAGUUCCUAACAGAACAUGUGAAAACAAACCAGUUUCUCUACCUCGGGUUCAAUGCCAGGAGGUAGAGACGGAGGAAUGUAUCUCUCUACCCUACCCAACCAUGGAGAAGAUAGAACUAGAGAGAUGUGGAUCGGAACUAGGGAAACUAGAGUGCACCGAAACCGUUCUUACUCUUCCCAAACAGAUUUGUGAGGAGUACCUAGAGUCUUAUCAUCCAUCCGCCCCCUCUUAUGCAGCUCCUACCCCCUCUUACGCAGCUCCUACCCCCUCUUACGCAUCUUCUGUUCCUUCUUAUGAUGCUCCCGCUCCUUCUUACGCAGCCCCCGCCGCUCCUUCUUAUGGAGCUCCAGUUUAUGCUGCUCAAACUUUCUUCUCUGGAUAAGGAAGCCCAGUUUAUCUUUGGCAACAUUUUAAACUAGAUGAUUAGAACAGGAUUAGAAGAAUUAAUUUAUUAAUUUAUUUAUUGAUUUAAAUCUAUUUAUAAUAAAAAAUCAAAAAAUU